AUGUGCUCUUACAUAGACGGAGCCAAGUGCACGGUAAUUACCGACCACUCACCACUGGAAGCACCUUUAGACACGAAAGACCUUACUGGAAGAUUAGCCGAACACCAGACAGUACUCCAAGGAUACGACAUCGAGAUAGUCUACCGUUUAUCGAGAGAGUAUACCGUCGAAUAUUUACCUUGCGCUCAGUCAUCUGGACCCUUUCACGGAAGGAAAGAACAGGAUGAAUGCGGACGGAUAAAGAAUCACAAGGAAGCCCUGCGGAAAGAUUCCGAUGUCCCUAGAAUCAAGGAGUACAUUCUCAUGACAGACAUGCUUUACCGACUGCCUGAGCGGAUUUAUCAAGGUCCUCAAGGUAACUUGUUCUGCCCGAAGAUUGGUAUUGAGGAACCACCUUAUGGCCCAAGUUCAUUCUCCCAGUUACGGCAUAGCGCAUCUGGGCGUGAAGAAGACAUUAGCAGCAGUAACCAGAUUAACGUAUGGAACGAUAUGCCCAAGAACAUCCGCGACUACGUUACAAGGUAAAA